AAUACUAGCUGAGGGCAAGAAGUUUCACUUGUCUAUGUAUCUGGUCAAAGGCAGUGAAGAGUCUCACAACUGGCAUCUUUUCGUCUUCGAAGAAAGAUAACCAUCUUCUUUCGUCCUCCCAGUCGGUGUAGUGACAACAGGGUAUGGAUAAUAACGCAGUUGUUGCCGCAGAGAAACCGGCGGACGUGAACACCACGCUGUCAGCCGCGGAGAGCAUGCAGACAGCAGAGGCGACAAAAUGUGGUAAACGCAAAAAUCACGACACCGACGAACCAGAGACGAGUGUUAAGGGCAAGAAGCGGAGAGGAGCGGGAGGGAAGAAGCUCCGUCCGGGCGACAGAUACAUCCCUCCCCCGCAGAAGCGCAACCCGGGGGUCAGCUUCAACCAGGAGCAUUUCAGUGAGACCUCCUACUACUUUGAGGGGGGGCUAAGGAAGGUCUUCCCCUACUACUUUGACUUUAAAACCUACUGCAAAGGUCGGUGGAUUGGGAAGACCCUGGAGGAGGUGUUUAAAAACGAGUUCAGGGCUGAAUCUAUAGAGUAUUAUCAGGAGGCUGCUAAGGAGGGUCGCAUCCGGAUGAACGAGACACCUGUGGAGGAUCUAAGCUUUGUUCUCAGGAAUAAUGACCACAUGAGGAACACCGUGCACCGCCAUGAGCCCCCUGUGGUUGACACGCCUCUAGAGAUCCUUGCAGAUGAUGGUGAAGUGCUGGUGGUGAACAAACCCGCCUCCAUCCCUGUUCACCCAUGUGGUCGUUUCCGCCACAACACGGUGAUCUUCAUCCUUGGUAAAGAGCGGGGCAUCUCUGAGCUCCAUACCGUCCACAGACUGGACAGGCUCACCUCUGGAGUCCUGCUGUUUGCCCGGACGCUUGAGACAUCCCAGAAGCUGGACCAGAAAGUGAGAGACAGACAGCUGGAAAAGGAGUACGUAUGUCGUGUAGAGGGGGAAUUUCCUGAGGAUGAAGUCAUCUGCGAAGAGCCUAUCCUGGUUGUUUCCUUUAAAAUUGGCCUCUGCAGAGUUGACCCAAAGGGAAAGGAGUGCCGAACUGUUUUCCAGCGGCUCAGCUUCAAUGGUAGAACGAGCGUAGUCCGCUGCUUGCCCCUCACUGGCCGGACCCACCAGAUCAGGGUUCACCUCCAGUACUUGGGCUUCCCCAUCCUCAACGAUCCCAUCUACGGUUCCUCAGCCUGGGGUCCUCACAGGGGUAAGGGGGGGGUCGUUGGGAAGAGCAAUGAGGAGUUGCUGCAGGCCUUGGUAGAAGAGAAUCGUUCACAGGAGAGCUCACACCUGCUUGAUGUCACAGAUGACUGCACAGAGGGAAAGAGGGAGGAGGGGAAAAAACACGGAGACUCACAUGAAAAGUCCGAUGGCUCCUCUCAACGUGACAAGAGUGGAGGAAGUUGUGAGGUACAAGUAGAUUCUUGUGAUGGUGACAAAAAGCUACAUGGCUGUGAAAGUGUAAAUGUGAACACUAACAACACCUCGGAUAAAGAACCAGAGAAUCCUUCACCAGCAACAUCAAAUGGAAAUCAAAGCGAUGCAGCCGACUCGGCUCAGAAAACUCCUUCAGGGACUCGAGACCACCUGUGUAGUGAGUGUAAACUGGUGCGACCGGACCCCACGAAGAAGGAGCUCAUCAUGUAUCUCCAUGCUUUACGCUACAAAGGACCUGAUUUUGAAUAUUCCACUUGUUUACCUGUGUGGGCCAAAGAGGACUGGGAGGAAGAGGACGAGUAGCUUUGAUGUGUCCGUGACCAGAAAUCCUUUGACUGUUUUUCUUUUAGGGCUUUUAUUUUGCUAUUCUCGGUUCCUCAGUACGUUCUCUGAAGGCGGCAGUAAAUUCUUUGACAUUUUUGCUGCUGUUAGCAUUUAAUAUAGAAGGCUUUCUUAUUUUACUGUAAGGACCGCUUUAAUUUAAUGUCAUCCUUGAAACCUUACAUUGUCAGUUGUUAUAACAGCAAAUAUUUGAAAUAAAUUCAGAGACAGUCUG